GACUACUGCAGACAAGGCAAGUAAGCUGGAAUCUACUGUUGAAGUGUAUCGCAAAAAGCUACAGGAUCUGAAUGAUUUCCGCAGACAAGUCAAAUCUCUGCAAGAAACCAACAUGAUGUAUAUGCACAACACAGUCAGUCUGGAGGAGGAACUGAAGAAAGCCAAUGCAGCACGUGCCCAGCUAGAAACCUACAAAAGGCAGGUCCAUGAACUUCAUAACAAACUGUCUGAAGAAUCAAAAAGAGCUGAUAAGCUAGCAUUUGAAAUGAAAAGGCUUGAAGAAAAACAUGAAGCUUUAGUCAAAGAAAAAGAGAGACUGAUAGUACAGUGUGAUGCAUUAAAAGAGACAAAUGAAGAGCUCCGGUAUUCCCAGAUGCAGCAGGAUCACCUGAGUCAAACAGGUGCAUCUCGUUCUAAAAGCCAUGAGAAUCUUGCUGCUGAAAUUCUGCCAGUGGAAUACAGAGAAAUGUUUAUUCAGCUGCAGCAUGAAAAUAAGAUGCUUCUAUUACAACAGGAAGGAUCAGAAAAUGAACGUAUUACAGAGCUCCAGGAACAGCUGGAGCAAAAACAUCGGACAGUGAACGAACUAGAAACUGAGAAAAGGCUAAAUGAAGAGCGUAUUUGGGAGUUACAGCAGCAGAUUGAAGAUCUACAAAAGACUUUACAGGAGCAGGGAUCCAAGACUGAAGGAUCUAGCAACCUGAAGCAGAAAUUGGCAGCACAUAUGGAAAAGUUGAAUGAAGUUCAUGAUGAGUUACAGAAGAAAGAGGCUGACCUUGCAGAACUCCAGCCUGAUGUUAGUCAGAACCCCCAGAAGAUUGGAGAGCUGGAAGCAGCUUUGAGAAAAAAAGAUGAGGAUAUGAAAGCAAUGGAAGAAAGAUAUAAAAUGUACCUUGAAAAAGCAAGAAAUGUGAUAAAAACCUUAGACCCCAAGCUAAAUCCAGCAUCAGCAGAAAUUAUGUUGCUCAGAAAACAGAUAACAGAGAAAGACAAAAAAAUUGAAGCACUAGAGGCUGAAUACAAACUUGCUAAGUUACGUGAUUAUGAGGAAAAGCUAAUUGUAACUGCAUGGUAUAACAAGAGCCUAACCCUUCAGAAGCUAGGGAUGGAAACAAGACUGGUUGGCAGUAGUGGUGGCUGCAGAGACGGUCCUGGACGCUCGUUCCUAGCUCAGCAGCGUCAUGUCACCAAUACCAGAAGGAAUCUCACUGUUAAAGUACCAGGUGCAACAUCUGAAUAAACCACAAGGACCAUGAGGAAAAAUUACACGCUGAAGUGUCCUUAAAUGUUUUGUAGCUUCCACUUUAACUGCUUGAUGAAAGAGGAGGUUAGAGUGGUGGGCACCUACAAAUGCAACAUCAGAACCUAUCAAGAAGUGAUUAAGUUGAUCAGUGGUGUGUCUAGAAGGUAGCACAUAGUUUUCCAAGUAGAAGUAGAUUUAAUAACUGCAGUAUGUAAUUACAAGCACAAUUUAAAAGAUUUAUAUUUGCCUUCAGAAUAUAUUGUAAAUAUAAAAAUUGGCACUAUAUAUUUAAAACUUUAUUUAAUGGGUUUGAGCUAGAAAGUUGACUCUUUUAAUGGGAAGAUGUUAUGCAAAACAUCUUUAUAUAGUUUAGGGAACUGGCAAUAUUGGACAUUUUUGCUGGGCUCUUCUAAAAAUAAAUUUAAAACAUUGGUACCAUGUUUUAAAAAAUACUUUUUUAGAAUACAAAGUACAAUUUUAAAAGCAAGAAAGUAGUUGCAUUUAUAGAAAAAUAAAAAAAGGUGUAGUUCCAGUUGGCUUGUUAUAUAACGGAAGACGGGAUUUGUUUUGUCAUCUCAGUUGACAAACAGAAUUAUUCAGUUUAUUUAAAAAAGAUGAAGUUUAUGAGUAUAUACAUCAAGGAGAACUUGUCUUUAAGAUGUUGAAUUCACUAAAGCCAAAUAAGCUCUCUUUUCCUGUGUAAGAAAAAAA